GUGUGGGAGAAAUUUCCCCGCAGCUCGCAGUGAGUCAUUCAUUCAUGCGGGUAGCCUCAUGCUAGGCUAGCUCAUGCUAACGAGGAAGCUAAGGGAGUGCGGACGUGACGAAUGUGACUGUUUUAUCUCAUGGUAGCCCCUCACUGUCGAAGAAUUUAUUAGCUUGUAGUCGUAAUAACAGAUGAAUAGUUUGUUGUCAGUCACAGCAAGAGACUUAGUGUGAUAUUAGUGAAGCUGUGAGCGUGUUUUACGUGUGUUUGACUGACAGCUGUCAAGUACCGUUAGCCAGAAAGAUCAGGAAAAGCUGUCUGUGCUAACGGUCAUAGUGGUUGCGUCAAAGUAAACGAAGGGAACAAUGGUGAAAUACUUCUGCUGCGCAGAUUUGCUAAAAAACACCUGGGACCAAGUUUGUGUUGCUUUCUGGCAACGAUAUCCCAACCCUUACAGUAACCAUGUCUUGACUGAGGAUAUCAUUUUCCGAGAGGUCACUCCAACCAACUGCCUCAUUUCCAGACGUCUGUUGACCAAAACUAGCCGUGCGCCCCGAUGGAUGGAGCGGUAUCUUCCCAAGCACAUGGCCAGCUCGGCGUACAUCAUCGAGGACUCCAUUGUGGACCCUCAGAAAAGAACCAUGACCACACUAACAUGGAACAUCAGCCACGCUCGCCUCAUGUCCGUGGAGGAGCGAUGUGAAUACGGAAUUAACCACGAGAAUGGCAGCUGGACUGAGAUUAAAAGGGAAGCUUGGAUCUCUUCCAAUGUCUAUGGGCUCUCAAGAGCAAUUCAGGAAUUUGGACUUGCACGGUUCAAGACAAGUGUUACAAAGACCAUGAAGAGCUUUGAAUAUGUUCUCGCCAAAAUGCAAGGCGAGACUCCAUCCAGAACCUUAGCAGAAACUGCCACAGAGCGGGCAAGAGAAACAGCACUGGCAGCUAAAGAGAAAGCCAAAGACCUCGCCUCACAUGCUCAGAAGAAACAAUAUGUGUGACGAGCUACACGAACCACUGCUUCUGCAGCCGCUGACACUGGGACAGAUUUAUAUUUACCCCCUCUCUCAUUGUUCAGUCAAGCACUGGGGUAAGACUAAUUGGUCCCAGUCACGGUUGGACACCUCUGUGAGGACACGUCCCAACUGAAAGUGGUGGGUGGACCAUAAAAGGCCUGAGCUGGGUUCAAGAGCCUGUUCCAGCCUCCCUGUUCAUGUCACUCUGAGUAUACUAUACAUCUGCAUCAUUUCAGUGUUCACCAGAGAUAGAGAUCUUAGAAGGGAAUGGCUGAGCGUGGCUUCGAGUGCCAUAAAAUGAUGAUGAUGGCCAACUCUGAAACUGUUCUUCAGACCUUUACUCAACCUCUGUGCCCAUCACCAAUGUCUGCUUUCUACUCUGUUCCUUUGAGUUCGCCUCGGCAUUUUGUGAUUCUUUACAGCUUCUUGUCUUGUCAGCACUUCUACAGAAUUUCUGAUUAGCGCUUUCUUGUUUGUGAUUUGUUUCAGUUGUGUUAAUCUCGCAUACAAUCACGUUGUCUUUGUUUGUUCACUCAAUGGUACCUUAAACCUUCAACUAAGACUGAUCAUCUCAUUGCUUCGAGUAGAAGCACAUAGACAGGGAAAGAGUUUAUUUUAUUGGCAGUCAUAGCCUUAUUAAAAAUAUUCACUUGGCUUCUCUUGUUACAGCGGUAAGAGCAGGCUGCAGUGGAUAAGAGUUUUUAUCUCAACUGAAAGUGAUUAAAAAGGCAUAAAGAAUGCUUGCAUUGUACAUUGAGCUUAGGCCUGGUGAUGCAGCAAUGUAUUCUCAUUCCAUCAAUAGAAUUGUCAAUAAAUGGACAUUUUCUUUCUAAUCA